UAAGAUAGAGUAUUCCUUUGUCAAUCCAUUGUUUCAGAAAUAAAGAUUUAUUUUUCCUAGUUAUGAAUUGGUUGUUCCAGAUACUAGUUCUGUGCUGGGAGAAAUUAAGAACAAAGCUGUUGGUGAUUGUGCCAGGUGCUUGUUUACAUCGGAAGUUAAUUAUUACGCACUUCCCUAGCAACAGCAUCCCUGACGACGGCUAAUGAACCCUGUAAACAAAAAUGGCGGAAGUCCUGGGCGCUGGAAAAUCACUAUUGGAACAAGUUUGCAGGGAGUUUGAACUUGAGAAGACCGAUCCUCCUGUUCGGGAGUGGAAGAUCAGCUACAAUGCGCCUAAAAAGGUUUUGGGGGAUAACGAUCAUUUGAGGAACACUGACUCUGUUGCUGGCUGGAAGGAUCACCUUUGUCUUCAGAAACACUCGACUACAGCUGAAACUACACCGUCUCUACACGUAAAUGAAAGGCCUCUCAAGCAGUUCUUGGAGAAGACAGUGCUUCCAGUAUUGCUGCCGGGUCUGGAGGCUUUGCUGGCAGAAGCUCAGAAACACGGGUGUUUUGAGAGAAAAAUAACCAAAUUUGUGCCCUGUGAUUUCCUAACUGAGUGGCUAUACAAUCAGAAUCCCCGCAGGCAGGGAACGGAUCCUGUGAACUUUUUUGACAUUCCCUUCGUCAGAGACUGGCUGAGAAAGCACCCAAGGCCUCCCAUCCCGUUGUUUCUACUGCUCAGCGAAGAGCAGGCUGCUCUGCUGAUCCAGGCUUUCUGGAGAGGCUAUAAGGUCAGAGUACGGCCAGAUGUGCAGGAAUUACGGCGAUGGCAAAGGGAGCUGAGGGAGAGUCGUGACAUUGCCAAAAUGGUUGCAUUUUUUUGGACCCGACAAGAGACCAGAGUUGGUUUGACCAUGACAGAUGUAGAAGAAAGCCCUUAACCGGAUCAGUCUCUGUCCUUGGGUUGGGUAUAGUCCACACCAGCCAGACAACCUCACUGGCCGAUGAGAGACUGACCAACAGGCUGUGGAAGGAAACGGAAACAUCUUUGACAUGACUAACUUCCUCGCUCUGUCUAACGCUGUGAAAAACAACAACACUUGAACACUUUUUGCAUUUUUGUAUAUUUUUUUACUUUAUGUUUUAUUAUCUUAAAGGGUGAUUAAACUUUGUUACCCUGACUUUAAACUGUCAGAAAUUAUCAGCCAAACAAGCUAUCCAAAGGCCUACAGAGUCAGGGAAGGAUAUAUGAUAUGAUCUAUGUCUAAUCAUUUUAUUGCUCCCCUUUGCCUUGUUGAGCCUCCAUUUGUCUCACUCCAUGAUAUACCCCCCAUAUAACAUUACUUUCCAUAAUGGUGUCAGAGGGGGAAACCUCUUGUAACAGACCUGAUAUUUUCUCUUGGCUCCUCCAGUUGAUCUUCCACCAGAGAACAACAGUAUUUCCUUCUUCUGUUUUUCUUUUUUUUUAUUGUAGCAAACAAUAUGAUAAAAAGAGGUCAGCUCUUUUCCAGUAGACAAUUAAAGCUCGAGUGAGGAAGGACUUGGCCUUCACAGCUGCACUUUCUUUCCUGUUUACUGGGAAAGGGAAUAUCCCAGUCAGAGAAUCAGAGAAGCAAAACUUUUUUUAAACAUGUGGACGACUGGCCACUAUCUGACAGAUCAUAUUAAUUACUGUCCUUAAAUACUCAGUUUUUUAACAUAGAAUUAGUAUGUUUUUCUUUUUCAGUGAUAUACAUUUAACAACGUAUAAAUCCAAAUUAACAGCAAAUCUAUUGAAUUCACUGUAAAAUUAAUUUGCUUUGUAGCUUGAAGUUUCUAAUCAUAUAUAAUAAUAUAUGAUUUUUUACUUUUUGUCUCCAGCAUGAUGCGUCUUCUUUUGUAUUAUGGAACUAAAAAUCAUCUCACUUUUUUAUGGCUCAGCCGUGGUGACUUUAUGACAUUUCAUUUGGAAAUGUAAAAUCCUACGUGAUGCUUAACCGACUUUGUACUUCUUUGAUCUCCUUCCGGCUACACUAAAUUGUCUCGGCUCUAGGCCUCCUGUCAUGACUACAAAUAAAGCUGAAAUACUAAGUGCGCCCCUUGUUUCCAGUUUCCAGCGAACUGAUCGUACCUGAGAGGAUGCUCUGCGGCCGUAUGAUUGGAGUAUCCCUUGAUCUUUGCCUUCUUUCAUGUCUAUAAAGUGUGGUCUUUAGAGGGUCAACAUUCAUCUUAAUGCAGGCAAUAGAUAGCUGCUACAGGGUAAGCUGAUUAAAAAUGCUCCAUUUUAUUCUGGGGAUAUCUGAUACCAGACUGAGCUCCACAAAGUCUGGUAGCAGUGGAUCAGUCUGAAACUAGAUCCAAAAGCGCUAGAUAUAAAGCGGCACAAGGAAUGACAUUGCUACACGAGUGGAUAGUUCUACCAGGCAAGAGGUUGAUAUUUGCUUUAUAAUUACUGUGUACAGGUAUAAGGGAAAAAAAAA